GCAGGUCGCAAUAAAAACCAAACCUUUCUCCGUCUCUGUCUCGUUCUCCCUUCUCGACUCAUCUCCUUUUCCUUCUGAUUUCGGUUUCCACGCCCAAUACCGUGUGCACGCCGGCGCUACUCGCUGCAAUACAAAACCCUCUCGCCUAGACUCGCCCCUCGAUCGAGUCAUCGAGCCAUGGAAAGCCCGCCGCACGCCACCGCCUCCGCCGACGAGAUGCCGAGCAUAUGGAAGGAGCAGCACGCGCAGGACGCGCCGCCGGGGUUCGUGCCGCCGAUGGGCCCCGGCGAGGUCGCCGCCGUGGAGUCGCUCCUCGGCUACGAGUUCAGGGACAAGGCGCUGGUGGAGGAGGCCCUCACGCACGGCUCCUUCUACUACCCCUACCGCCCCGGCGUGACCUACGAGCGCCUCGAAUACCUCGGCGACGCCGUGCUCACCUGCGUCGUGUCGCGGGAGGUCUUCCUCACCUACGGCCAGCUCCAGCCGGGCCCCCUCACCCGCCUCCGCGCCGCCAACGUCGAUAAGGAGAAGCUCGCGCGCGUCGCCGUCGUGCACGGCCUCCACCACUUCCUCCGCCACAAGGCACCCAACCUUGACGGCCAGAUUACAGAUUUCAUAGAAGAAUUGUCGAUGUACCCAAUUCACUCCAACGGAUUAUUGGAUCCUCCAAAAGUGCUCUGUGACGUUGUGGAAUCCCUUAUUGGUGCCAUAUAUUGUGACUCCAACUUCAACCAAGAAAUAGUUUGGCAGGUUUUUCAAAAGUUGGCUGAUCCACUUAUUAGUCUUGAGACAUUAGGCAAGCAUCCUGUAAGCGAGCUUUUUGAGUUUUGCCAAAAAACUCGCCGAGGUGUGAAAAUUGUGAAGGAUGAAUGGGAUAAGAAUUUGACAGUUGAAGUAUUGAUUGACGGUGAGAUGGUUGGAAGGGCAACUUAUGCUCAAAAGAAGGAGAUAGCGCAGAAUCGUGCUGCAAAGGCUGCUCUGGAUAAAUUAAAGGAGACAUUGGGACAAUCCCAAACUGAACCAAUGUCAGCAGAAGUUUCCGAACAAUUCAAUAAAAUAGAUCUAACUGGAAGUUGAAAAGUUCAGUGCAGUGGCAAACCAAGGCCUCAGGCCACCUAAGGCUAUGGGCUUGGCCUGGGACAGAAAGUCCAUUGGAUUACCUGUUUUUCUUUUCUUUUUUUUUAUAAACAAAUCUUACUGCUUAGGAUGUGGCUCAUCCCAUAGAGUACCAGCCCGGUACUCGCCUAAAUCCUAUUGGUCUGCCGCUGGUUGGGGCUAAUCAUUCAUCGAUGUCAAAAAAAGUAAGGUGGAUUUAGAUAACUAAUUCUUUUACAUUUUAUUUUAUUAAGUUGAAAUGUAAUUAUCGAUAUGUAAAAUAUAUUGAAAUCAUUAUCAAGAUUUCAUAAGCCAAUGGUUUUUCUAAGUUAA